AUGCCGGUGGCGUAUCGAUUCAAGAUGGCCGCAGUGCUUCUGAUGUUUUCGCUAUGCGCGAUCGCUGGGCCACCGCUUGUCCGAGGAUCCGAAGAGUCGGUGGGUUUCGAAGCCGCUUUUCAAGGCGAGUGCCGCGUGGACGGGCCCUGCCAGCAGAUCUGCUUCGACCUCCACGACGGAACGUUCGAGUGCGGUUGCAGUUCAGGAUACCGCCUUUCCAGCAACGGAUACGGAUGCGAACCGCUGAAGCAGGGAGAGUCGAUCCCCGACGGUCGACACAGGGGUCCCGGCCCCACGGGAUCUGUGCUGGACAAACAGGGCUCGCCGCGACAACAACUGGUCCGCAGGAGAGCCCACGGCUCGGGACUGGCCGGGGCCAAAGCGCAAUCCAAGUCGCAAUCCAAGUCGACGGCGAGGUCGAAUCCAAACGCGGAGCCAGAGCCAGAGUACGACAACGGAAUCGACGUGAUGCUGAGCGACGACCCCGGGAGAAGUCCGAGCGGCUCCAGAGUCACGGAGAGGAAGCGAACCCCAAAGUCUCGAGACGACUCCUGGCCGGACCUCAGCUGGGCAGAAGAGGACGCGUCGUGGGAGGUCUCAAGGAGGCGACGGACAGGGCCCUCUGACGGCGACUCGGUCGACGCCGACGAAGACGACGAUCCUUCGGGCCGCUAUGAGUCGCCCCUCAACACGGUGGCGGCCACAACCACGGUGGCGACGUCUCCCCACGACGGCGUCGCGGGACCCGCGGCGGAGUCGUGCGACGUGCUCGCCUGCUCUCCGGAGGGACGCUGCGUCCAGGACGAAAGGCGGGGCGGCGUCCGGUGCGCCUGCUCCCUCGGCACGGGGGGUCCCUUCUGCGACCAGGAGCUGGAGCUGCGUCACCCCCGGUUCUCGGGCGCUUCCUACCUGGCCCUGCCCACUCUGCGGGACGCCCACAAGUCCAUGCAGGUGUCGCUGCAGUUCCGGCCCGAGACCCACGACGCCCUACUCCUGUACUCCGGGGAGACGCCCGAGCUCCUGGGGGACUACUUCGCCAUCGUCCUAGACAAGGGAUUCGUCGAGUUCAGGUUCGACUGUGGCAUGGGCCAGGGCAUCCUGCGCAGCGACCAGCCCGUGCUCCUGAACGCCUGGAACACUCUGACCGUGUACAGGGACCGCUGGGACGCCUGGAUGCAGCUCAACAGUGGCCACCAGGUGCAGGGACGCUCCAAGGGCCUGUUCUCGAGGAUCACGCUCCGGCUGCACGUGUACCUGGGCGGUUCCCCGAACGCCAGCCUGGCCGCCGGAAGACUGGGCACGAGGGAGGGCCUCGUCGGCUGCGUCAGACGCCUGGAGAUCAACGGACGACGCUACGACUUCAGGACGGGAGGCCGAGGGGACGCAGUCGGAGGCAUCGACGUCGACGACUGCGGCGGGGAUGCCUGCAGCCACGUCGUCUGCCAGAACGGGGGCCAGUGCAUCGCCACGGGGACAGAGCGCGGCGUCUGCCUCUGCGCCCUGGGAUUCGCGGGAAGUUCCUGCGAGACGCCGGUGGACAUCGUGGUGCCCUCGUUCAACGGGUCGUCCUACCUGCGGUUCUCCGGCCUGGGCAACGCACACCUGUCCUUCCUAGACGUGCAGGUGGCCUUCAAGCCGCUCUCCCCGCACGGCGUCUUCUUCUACAACGGCUGCAAGAUGGACGGCACGGGGGACUUCGUCGCCCUCCAGAUGGCUAACGGAUACGUCGAGUUCCGCUUUGACCUCUCCUCCGGCACCGCGGUGCUCAGGAGCGCGUCCCCCGUGGCCCUGGGCGAGUGGCACACGGCGCGGGCGUCGCGGACGGGCCGGCUGGGCAGCCUGUCGGUGGACGAGCAGCCCCGCGUGGAAGCCCACUCACCGGGGGCCUUCACCCAGCUUUCGCUGCCCCUUAACCUGUACCUCGGAGGGGUGCCGGACCCCGGGGAGACUGCCGCGGGUGCCGCCGUGCUGCAGUCCUUCGUCGGUUGCGUGCAGAGGCUGACGAUCAACAACCGUCCUCUGCGGCUGAUGCAAGAGGCGCUGUCCGGCGUGAACGUGGCCAACUGCGUGCACCCUUGCGUGACGGGCCCCUGCUACAACGGGGGCGCCUGCCAGCCCCGCAUGGACCUCUACUCGUGCCACUGCAAGCUCGGCUACGCGGGAUCAAACUGCCAGACCGAAGUCAAGGAGGCCAUAGCGGAGCCGAUGAUGGGGGGAGCGAGCUACCUGCACUACACGUCGGACGACAUCAUGAAAAGGAUCCGCGGCGACAGGCUCGAGGUGCAACUGGCCUUCCGAUCCUUCUCGAGCCACGGGCUCCUGCUGUGGGCCGGAGACGCCGAGCAGCGGCCGGCCUCGGACUUUGUCUCCCUGGGCCUGGAGAAGGGACAACUCACGCUCCGCUACAACCUGGGCUCGGGCGAGGCGGCGCUCACCUGCAACGCUAGCCGCGUGGACGACGGGCGCUGGCACUGGGCACACCUGUCCCGAAGCCAGCAGGCCGCCACCCUUGCACUGGACAAGUCCGCUCCGGUCGCGGUGUCGGCACCGGGCCGUCUGAGGCAACUCAACGUGCACAGCGGACUCUACGUCGGCGGAGUUGGUGACGUCAGCCACGUGACUCGUGGUCGCUACAAGUCGGGCCUGGUGGGCUGCGUGGCCAAUCUGACUCUGGCCACGGAUCUGCACGUCCGCCUCGUGUCCCACGCCGCCACGGGCAUCAACGUGCAACCCUGCCUGUGAAAGCGUCUCGCUUCUCCGACGCUAAAACCCACGCAAGUGCCAGGCCAGUCGCAGCACCGCGACCUCGACGUCGUGUUCUGUAGAUACGGCAGAGACUGUGUCCGUUCGGUGAAGACGUGCGCCGAGAGGCUUCUUGAAGACAGUUCCCGUAGUCAAACAGUCAAACGUGGACUGCGCACGCGAGCACCCCGAUGACCGUGCCGUGGACAUCGGGUAGACGUCUUCAGAGAGCCGUCUGUUGGCUGCCUCGCGGUCGUGUGAUCGGCAUCUUGGUGAACAGCAGAGGGACAUCACUCUCGCUAGGCGUCUCGGUCAGGAAAAGACGUUGAAAAGAAGAUGUUUGC